AGUCUAAUUUAGACUCCAUCCUCAACAGGUGCCUCCCCUCCUCCACCUGUCUCCCCCUUCCGCGGCGCGCUGGCCGUGACCCAGAAAGCAGCCGUCAUUCUGCAGAAUGGCAUGCAGCCCGCUCGGUUCGGUCACCGGAUCGGCGGCAGCUGCUGGGCCCCGUCCCCCCCGGGGCUAUUUUCACCCGCCGGAUAAAGUGGCGCAGCUCGGCGGGAUUCGGCGCAGAGUAGCGGCAGGAUGAAGUCCCGCACAGACGGCUGCGCCUCCGAGCUGGACACCGACACGGACAGCUCCGACGGGAAGUCCACGGGCGGCUGCAGCCCGACCCGAGAGUCCGGGGAGAGACUGGAGGCGGAGGGCGGCUGCCCGGGCGCGGCGAGGCGGCGGCGGCGGCGCAGGAGCGGCGCGGGCGGCGGCAGAGACGCGCGGCUGUCCGGCGUCAGCAAACAGCGGCAGGCGGCGAACGCGCGGGAGCGGGACAGGACGCACAGCGUGAACACGGCCUUCACCGCGCUGCGGACGCUCAUCCCCACGGAGCCCGCGGACCGGAAGCUGUCCAAGAUAGAGACGCUGCGCCUGGCCUCCAGCUACAUCUCCCACCUGGCCAACGUGCUGCUGCUGGGGGAGGACUGCCGGGACGGGCAGCCCUGCCUCCGGUACCAGGACAUGAUCCUGCACGGCCCCGCGGCGCUCAGCGGCCCCUCCCUGCGGCCCAUCUGCACCUUCUGCCUCAGCAACCAGAGGAAACAGCUCAGAGAUGGAGGGAAAUACUCCUCUUCAGUGUGAAUCGAAGCGGCUCUGGACAGACCCGGAGUCCACCUGAUGUUUACAGUCUAAACUUUGUAAAUACAUAUUUAUUUAUUUUUUAACAUACUACAGGACAAAAAUGACUUUUUUGAGCGCUUUCCGUCCAGCUUGGUGUGUUUCUGAACCUCAGUGUUUUGACUGAGACGUAACCUGAGCCCGUGUGCGCAGCUGCACCUGACGUGGGGCUAUUUUGGUUCCCACUGAUAGUACAAACUACCCCAUGACCCACCACCACCAAAAACAAGCUGGUCACCUUCAGUGCAGUAGCUGCUGUCAGUUUACUGGUGGCUGCCUUCACCAGUAACAAGGCUGUCCAUUACUACUGCCUCUACUGGUGGGUGUCAGUAACUGCAUCUCUUACAGAACCAGGCAGUGAAGUGGUUUAACUUUAUCCCCCAACAACCAUGAGCUGAAGUUCUCAACAUACUUCAUAAAGAAUCAGACACACUGAUAUUCUACCAAUCAACAAGCUACAAAACCACCAAUCAUAGGAGAAAAUCAAUUGGUUACCUAGAGAUGGGUUGGUUGGGCUGUUGUGGCUUGCAGGAAGACACUUCUGGGUUUUCUUUGUGGCUGAGUGAUUUAUCUACAGGUUCACUGAACACAAACAUGGCUGUUAGCUUUAAUUGUUGCUCUGAACCAGCAGAGUGUCCAACUCUAGUUCUCCACAGCUACCAUCCAACUUCUCCUGACUGUCUCUGUAUUAUUUGGUAUCUGGUUUGAAUUACCGCCGCCUACUGGUAUGGAGUGUGAUUACCGGGUAUUCUUCCCUUGUGGCCUUUAGAUGACGAUUCUAACAUUUAUUUACACCAAAUAAUUAAAAAAUGUUAAUUAAAUCCUUCCAGCUUAUACACACAAUGCAGAAUAAUGUAUUCGACUGCCUCUUCCCAAUCACAAAACUCAUAAUUUAUUCUUUUUCUCUAGUCUAUAGAGUGCUGUUCAAUUCAGUGAGUCCAAAACUGAGUUGGUUUUAUUGUAGAUGCAAAUAUGAACAGUGAGUCUCAAACCUGCUGAAAGUAACUGACUGGGAAGCAUAGGGAUUAAAAAAUUACAUUGUGCUAAAAAAAUUAUUGUUUAUGUGAAAACAAUGGAUGUGAAAAGUUAAAACAAUGAGUCUAUUCUUAACCAAAACUUCAAUAUAACUAGCUAGUUAUCAACACUGGAGCUAGUGAGUUUUCACUGAUUAAACAGUGAAAGCUAAGUAUUUUUUGAGGCUAGUUAGUUUGUAAUAUAUCAAACUGGCUGCACUGAAGAUAACUAGUCUACUAGAUGCAGUGGUAGAUUAACUGUACAUUUGAUUUAUUUAUGAUUUUGAGAUUAACUAAAAUAUUUACCAAAGUUUCUGAGAACAUGUUGAAUAUCCAACAUGGCUCCCUCCAGCCAGCAAACAUCUUUAAGAAAAGGCAGGUUUGUAACUUUGAUUCUGACGUACCAGAAACUCAGAAGUUUAGAAAUGUGACAUUUUGAUCAUGGGGGUUUUCUGAACCUGCUUCAAACAUUUUUGAUUUCACUGCACACUGUUCAGACAUACUAACUGAAAGUGUUGAAAAGUUUACUACUGCAAAGCUGCACAGUCACUUUAACAGCACAUGAUGAGCAUCAAACUGCCUUUUGCACUUUUAUGGAGAAUUUAAAAAUGUGAUUUUAAACUCAUGUGGAUCCCUUUGAUAUUUAUAAUACAGCACUAAACUAUUACUGGCAAAUUUUGCUCUACCUCAGCUCUGUGUUUUAAAUACGAAGGCCUACCUCUGAUCAAAAUUAGCAACAGGACUGUAACAAAUACUUGAAUGUCAGACACGUCUGUCCUUUGCACAUUGAAUGAAACUGCUUGAAGAAAAAUGUAUUUUUGUACGAAACAAUAAACUUUAUCAACCUGUCUUUGUA